UCAACAAACAUGCAAACUGCGCAUAUAGUGAUUCAAAUUAUUUUAUGUGUACGCACUAUUAAAUCUUUAAAACUUUAUCGCCAAGUAAAGACUUUGUUAGAACUUUCCCCUCGGAAAUCAUUAGCUAAUUUGAAAAACGUUACACAAGUUUUACAAGAUGAAACGUAAACAGAAACAACCUAGGCGAACUAGACCGAACCCUUUCAUUAAAACUAGCACAGAGGCAGAUGUUAACGAACUUACACAUUGUAAUAUGUUAGAAAUGAAGAAAGGAGAAGACUUCAUUACCAAACAUUCCAAAGACACAGAGCACAAACAAUCAAACGUUGUCGAAACUGUUCACUUGAACACAAAACAACAGAAUAUUGAAGAUUCAAAUCUGAAAGACAUAGACGAAAAGUUUGCAAAUGAUUUUCACAAUAUCCAGUUCAAAACGAGCAACGAGGCAGCUAGCAUUUUAAAAAGGCCCACGACAGGAGACCUAAAACAAACAAACACAACACAAACAAACCCAACACAAACAAACACAACACAAACAAAAACUACACCCGACUUGUGUACACAUUUAUUUGAGCAAUGUAGUCAAAGAAGUAGUAUGCCAGUCAUUGAAAGCGUCUUUACUUUAUCUGAAGGAAACGUUUGGAAACAAUUUUCUUCUUUCAUGGGAAAAGGAAAUGCGUCGAAUGAAAAUAAUUUUCCUAUUACACCACAAUGUUCUCCACCACUGUCAGAACAACAAUUAAAAACAUGCGCAAAAGAAACUAUUCCAAUCGUAGAAUUAAGCAGCAGCCCACAAAUAUUUUGGAAACCAAUAUAUCCUUUCGUAUCUUGGCAUACGGCACCAACAGAAUGUUUCUUUGUUGGCCAAACAGAAAAUGUACCAGCAAAUGCAAAAAUAAGUCGACCUUUGGACUAUAGAGGAUGGACUAGUACAUGUGCUAUUGACCAACAGCACGUUAAAAGCGAGGGAAAAUGCUACCAAUUCCGUGAAAUUUCACCUAAAGAUUUCUUGUCUACUAUAGAUCAACGAACAAAGUCGUUGGGAUGCUCUCUAAGUAAAGUAAACAUACCAUCAUACAACCAAGUCGACUUGUCCCAUUCAUUGUCCCAUUCAUUGAGCAAUGAAAACCAAGCAAUGAUGUUGAGCGAGGUUAAAGUCUUACAAUUGAAAAAAAGAUUACAUGAACAAGAAGAGGCUCUAAAGAAGUUACGGACGAAACUCUGAACAGAUUUAAAGAUUAUAAAAUUUGUCGAAGCUGUUGGGAAUAAGUUAUGUAAUUGAAUGUCCUACUGACAGAGAGACAAAUUCUCCUUAGUUGUUUAAUUUCGUUAACCAAUAGGCUUAAAAGAAUUUUGAUUGAUGUUUUGUUGUAAAUGAGUUGAAGAGAGAGUCUGAGUGAGUGAGCGAUAUACGUAGUUGAUAAACAUUGCCAGGGAAUAAAAAUUUCGUUAUUCAAAA